CAAACAGCUGCUUUUUCAUCUCUUCUCUCCUCUUUCUUUUCUUUUGAUACUGUCCCAAUCACUUCAACCCUGACCGGCUUCCCGAGUUUCGACAUUGUCUUCCAUUUUAGCAAUCUCGAGAGCCCUAUCGAUCACAAAAAUGGGAAACCCUCCAUCAUCGCAUGACUACAUCACAUCUUACCCGAGACAGCCCUGGUAGGAGGCCGCAAGCCGCCCGGCCUUAAUUUGACGGCCCCAAUUUGGUGUCUCUUUGGCAUCGACUUCUUCUGGAGAUACGAAUCCCCGGCGGCCGCCUUCUCUUUCAACUGCCUCCGCCGUUAUCAUUACACGGGAAACAGAAAACAACUGGAAAAACUGAAAUUGUUUCAAAUGGAAGCUGGUGAAAUUGCAGUAGAUAUUGACGAUGAAAUUUUAGUUGGGACAUCUUUUACCCUUGCUAAUCCUACAACCCACCUGGUCAAGGAUGAGCCUUUUGAUAGCCUUGGAUUUGAAUCUCCUGCGAAGAAGAGGAAGAUCAUGGCCGACAAUCAAAAAGCACAAGAGAAAGCUAAAUCUGCAGCUGUCUCAAACUGUUACAUCUUCAAGAGUCGGCUCCAAGAAUAUUGUCAAAAGGCUGGAUUCACAACUCCAGUUUAUGAAACUAUCAAGGAAGGCCCUUCCCAUGAGCCGUUUUUUAAAUCAACUGUCAUUGUGAACAAUGAGAGAUACGAUUCUCUUCCCGGUUUUUUCAACCGCAAGGCAGCCGAGCAGUCAGCUGCCGAAGUUGCUCUAGUGGAACUCGCCAACUCUGCUGAUAUGAAAUUUGGGAUCUCCCAACCUGUGCAAGAAACGGGCCUAUGCAAAAACGUGCUGCAAGAAUAUGCGCAGAAGAUGAACUACGCCAUCCCUUUAUACGAGUGCCACAAGGUAGAGAAUCCGGGCAUGACAUCAGCAUACUCAUGUGUGGUCGAGAUUGGGGGCAUCAAAUACAUUGGAGCUUUGGCAAGCACAAAAAAGGAAGCCGAGAUCAAAGCUGCUCGAACAGCAAUGAUAGCCAUCCAAUCAUCCGACUCCAACUCUGAAGAUAUAACGAGCAAUUCUCUCUACACAGUUCUCCCGCAGAAAAAGAAGUCAUCUAAUAACGGAAUUAGUACCACAACUAUCAAGGAUAGCACUAAAGUGGGCCCCCCAAAAAAGAAAAAAGGCGGUUCUAAAAGGAGGGUUUUCAAUAGGCGGAAGCCUGAUGAGGGUGAGAUUUUUUCGGAGGUGGAAACGAAUGGUGGGGAUGGAUUGGGAUCUGACAGGGGCAAAAUGGGGAACACUUGUAUUUCGGAUGACUGUGACACGAUUCUUAAAAGCUCUUGAGUUUUUGCGUGAUGCGGAGUGAUAUGAUAAUACGGAAAAUUCCUGAUAUAGCCUGCAAAGGAUGGUUUGUUGUUUUUUGAUUUGCUGGGCUUGGGAAUAGGGUUGAUUUUGUGGCGAUAUUAGUUUGUGUUUUGGUUAAGAGUGGCUAGAAUUUACUUGUUAUUAGAUAUUGUGCUAUUUAGCUGUUAUUUAUGUAAUGUGAUUUCAGUGACAUGCAGUCAAUUUUGCAAGGGAACAGUUUAUAUUUUGUGCAGAAGUUGGGUACAAAUUUCCAAAAUGCAUUAUGUGAUCAAAACCAUAUCAUCUGCCAACCAAG